AUUAGUGCCAACCAAUCGGCUAGCAGCCUGCUCUCACCACACUAUUACUACUACUACUACUACUACUACUACUACUACUACUACUACUACUACUACUACUACUACUACUACUACUACUACUACUACUACUACUACUACUACUACUACUACUACUACUACUACUACUACUACUACUACUACUACUACUACUACUACUACUACUACUACUACUACUACUACUACUACUACUACUACUACUACUACUACUACUACUACUACUACUACUACUACUACUACUACUACUACUACUACUACUACUACUACUACUACUACUACUACUACUACUACUACUACUACUACUACUACUACUACUACUACUACUACUACUACUACUACUACUACUACUACUACUACUACUACUACUACUACUACUACUACUACUACUACUACUACUACUACUACUACUACUACUACUACUACUACUACUACUACUACUACUACUACUACUACUACUACUACUACUACUACUACUACUACUACUACUACUACUACUACUACUACUACUACUACUACUACUACUACUACUACUACUACUACUACUACUACUACUACUACUACUACUACUACUACUACUACUACUACUACUACUACUACUACUACUACUACUACUACUACUACUACUACUACUACUACUACUACUACUACUACUACUACUACUACUACUACUACUACUACUACUACUACUACUACUACUACUACUACUACUACUACUACUACUACUACUACUACUACUACUACUACUACUACUACUACUACUACUACUACUACUACUACUACUACUACUACUACUACUACUACUACUACUACUACUACUACUACUACUACUACUACUACUACUACUACUACUACUACUACUACUACUACUACUACUACUACUACUACUACUACUACUACUACUACUACUACUACUACUACUACUACUACUACUACUACUACUACUACUACUACUACUACUACUACUACUACUACUACUACUACUACUACUACUACUACUACUACUACUACUACUACUACUACUACUACUACUACUACUACUACUACUACUACUACUACUACUACUACUACUACUACUACUACUACUACUACUACUACUACUACUACUACUACUACUACUACUACUACUACUACUACUACUACUACUACUACUACUACUACUACUACUACUACUACUACUACUACUACUACUACUACUACUACUACUACUACUACUACUACUACUACUACUACUACUACUACUACUACUACUACUACUACUACUACUACUACUACUACUACUACUACUACUACUACUACUACUACUACUACUACUACUACUACUACUACUACUACUACUACUACUACUACUACUACUACUACUACUACUACUACUACUACUACUACUACUACUACUACUACUACUACUACUACUACUACUACUACUACUACUACUACUACUACUACUACUACUACUACUACUACUACUACUACUACUACUACUACUACUACUACUACUACUACUACUACUACUACUACUACUACUACUACUACUACUACUACUACUACUACUACUACUACUACUACUACUACUACUACUACUACUACUACUACUACUACUACUACUACUACUACUACUACUACUACUACUACUACUACUACUACUACUACUACUACUACUACUACUACUACUACUACUACUACUACUACUACUACUACUACUACUACUACUACUACUACUACUACUACUACUACUACUACUACUACUACUACUACUACUACUACUACUACUACUACUACUACUACUACUACUACUACUACUACUACUACUACUACUACUACUACUACUACUACUACUACUACUACUACUACUACUACUACUACUACUACUACUACUACUACUACUACUACUACUACUACUACUACUACUACUACUACUACUACUACUACUACUACUACUACUACUACUACUACUACUACUACUACUACUACUACUACUACUACUACUACUACUACUACUACUACUACUACUACUACUACUACUACUACUACUACUACUACUACUACUACUACUACUACUACUACUACUACUACUACUACUACUACUACUACUACUACUACUACUACUACUACUACUACUACUACUACUACUACUACUACUACUACUACUACUACUACUACUACUACUACUACUACUACUACUACUACUACUACUACUACUACUACUACUACUACUACUACUACUACUACUACUACUACUACUACUACUACUACUACUACUACUACUACUACUACUACUACUACUACUACUACUACUACUACUACUACUACUACUACUACUACUACUACUACUACUACUACUACUACUACUACUACUACUACUACUACUACUACUACUACUAUUACUACUACUACUACUACUGUAACAACAGAAGACAAGGGCCAGGCAACAGAUCGUUUUAUUAUGAAAAUCAACAC